UCCCUAAAAUUUAGAAGAAGAGCUUCAGAGCAGUUACGAGUGACGACGACAAUGGCGAAAAGUCUCACAAUCGAUGAAGAGUCUCCGUAUUAUGUACAACCAGAGUAUCUUGAACUAUCACCCAAUUCCUUCUCUAUCGAAAAACUCAGCGAAGUAGAAGACAACUACAUCUUCUGGAAAAAACGAUUUCUCGAUUUCCUUCGAUUCACGAACAAAAUCGGAUUCAUCGACGGCACAAUCGAGAAACCAGAACCUUCCUCACCUCUCUAUGAGCCAUGGAAACGAUGCAACGCGAUGGUUAUGCUUUGGCUGAUGAACUCGAUGAGCGAGACGCUUGUAAAGUCUGUGUUGUACGCGGAGACUGCGCAUAAAGCGUGGGAAAGUCUAAGGAGCAGGUUCGUUCCGAGCGUUGAUCUGAAGAUUUACCAGCUUCGUCGGAGAAUCGCGUCGUUGAGUCAAGGUGGUGACUCUGUGGCGGAGUAUUUUGGGAAACUGAAUAAAGCUUGGUUGGAGUUGGCGGAGUAUGAUCCUGUGCCUGAGUGUAACUGCGGUGGUUGUAAUUGCGAGAGUACGAAACUAGCUAAAGAGGCGAGAGAGAAGGAGCAGCGUUACGAGUUUUUGAUGGGUUUGAACAGAGGAUUUGACGGUGUGACGACAACGAUCAUGUUCGAGAAACCUCCUCCGUCUCUUUACGAAGCUUUCGGUAGGGUUGAGCGAGCAGAAUCGAUGAUGAAGAGGUACAGGAGAUGAAGCGUUACGAGUUUUCUCUAUGUUUUUGUUUUUAUGCCUUUGUUUAGAUUCUAGUGUUUCUUUGUUUCAAUGUCAUAUGGAAAUUAGAUUCAUGAACACAAAAGCUCUAAAUUUGCCAAUAACCAGAUAGAUUGAUGAAGCAACAAAGA